CCGCCGGAUAUCCCCAUCACCUCGUAUCCUAGUGGGAUGGGUUUGGCUCUGUGGCAUACGAUAUCCCACGCCAAUCGAUUGAGACCACCGACGUCCUGGUUCGCCCAGGAUUCUCAGUGGAUCACUCCACGCCUCCCGGCGUUCCGAUCAGCUGCACCUUGGGACACUUGGGAGACCCUCGAUCGCCGACAAGUGCAUGAAACUCAACUUCUGUGACAAGUUCUCAAACUCGAAACCGUUGCGGUCGCCAGUCCUUCCAACACAGCCUCAAUCGUGCUUCCAAAUCAUCCCCUGUCCCCUUUUCGUCCCUCGCGCACUGUGAACCAACACCUAUCCGCUCAUCACCCGUCUGCUGUGUCGAUCCUUCGUUGACGGAUGUAAGCAGCAUCGCCCGGCCGCUAACCUCUUCCUCUGAAUUGCCUCGAGGGGGUGUCAUGGCACACUCCCCAGUCCUGUGCUCGAUAUAAUACACUUCACGUCCUGUCUGUUGAGCAGCAAGCCUCCGCGUGCCGAUUUCUUGUCCAACCUGGACGCACCAAGCCGAUCGAGCGCCCGUAUAAUUGAUCAGAAGGUGGGGUCUCUGUGACGAGCAGGAAGAGGGUUAUUGUUUUUGGAUACGAAGAGCCGGCGGUAGCACCAUACAAGACAGACAUGGCUGUUGCUCGAUAUUGUCAGAGAUGGCUGGCCAUCUUCGUCGCAGCGCUGACGUUCUUGUGCUCAAGAACGGCGGCGCAGACCAUUGCACCAUCCAACAACACACAAGAUCUUCUUCCACUCUCGACAUCCCCCAGAUUUAUCUUGAAUGGCACCGAAUUUCCCAAAAUUCCGGUGAUACAGAUGGCACCCCUCGGCCCUUAUGCGCAAAUGUCGCAUGAAGGCUUUCUCCAAGUCCGUGUGGAAGGACAUCUGGUCAACAUCGAUGCGUCCAACGCCAACGACAUCGCAGACGUCGACCAGUUUUCCUAUGUUUCUUGCGAUCCAGAAGAUUACCCUGACAACUUGGACGCAAGCGAAGUCUUCCGCAUUGUCGUGAACUCGCCGCGCGCGAACAUUGUCAUCCUAUACAGCGAGACAAGCGACCAUUGCAUUGCCACCGGGCUAGAUGGGCUUCCGACAAUUGGAGGGAUCUUGACAACAACUAAACGUGCGACGGCGUCGAGUUUGGCAGAUUUGAGCCUGAGUCAGGAGAGUCCUGGUACGGCCACAAUCCUCCCAGAUCUGACCUCUUACACCAACUCUUCUGCCCCUGGGUUUAAUGGAAAUGGUAGCAUCGGGCAAUCCCCGACGACCGCGGUUGCCAUGAUCAUUUUAUAUUCCAUCACCGGCAUCAUCACGGCUCUGUUCGUUGUCAUCAUCGUCACUGGUGCCAUACGGGCGCAUAGACAUCCUGAAAGGUACGGACCUCGAAACAUUGCGGGCAGGGGCAGACAAAGUCGCGCGAAGGGCAUCGCACGUGCUAUGCUUGAGACCCUCCCAAUUGUCAAGUUUGGUGACCAUCAGGAUCUCCCCGCCACGAAACCAGCCGAAGGGUCAGACAUUGAAAUGAAUGCUGGAAACGAUUCGACGUCUCAUACCACCAAUCCCGAUGCGGCGAACAAAGCUGAAGCGGGGGAGGUUGUCACUUCCGAGUCCAGUAGCGACCGAGCAGCGCCAGCAGUCAUCGCAACCAGUAACCCCGAUGGCACCGAUGCCGAAGGUCAUCUAGGCUGCUCGAUAUGUACCGAGGACUUCAAGAAAGGGGAGGAAGUUCGUGUGUUGCCCUGUAACCACAAAUUCCAUCCUGACUGCAUCGACCCGUGGCUUCUGAACGUCAGUGGAACCUGCCCGCUGUGUCGAGUCGACCUGAGACCACAGAAUCAAGAGAUUGAGGGAGAAGAACGGAGAGGUUCUACCGCGACAGCGGACCAAGAUGGUCAAUUCCCGCCGCCGCUACCUCCUGCUGGGACUGCCGAUAUCACCGGUAGUCCACACCGAGGGGGGCGAAGGGAAACAGUGGCCAAUCUGCGACAUCUCGCUUCUGGAUCUCGAGAAGAGCGCAUUGCGGCGCUGAGGCGGCUGCGGCAGGAGACUCUUCGAUCGAGUCGUCCGGACAACGAUGAGGAGCGAUCCGGGCUGGCCAGGAGGUUCAGAGAAAGAUUCCGGAUCCGGACCGAAAGGCGCGAGGCGACGACUGAAUGAUCAGUUACGAUGCUAUUUCCAGGCUUCCAUGACUCGAUGAAUGAGGCGGCGUGGACUCGCCGCAUGGAUUUUGUGCUCGGCAACGAUUAAAAAGUUUGGGUUGAUUUGGUGCACACUGUGUAGUGACGCGAUGAUUAUGAAUUUUUCCACAUUUUGUAAAGAGGAGGGCAGGGACGCAAGGCGGGCGUGAACGGCGGAUACCGCAUUCUGCUGAGUGUUCGAUUUCCUGAGCGAUUUUGAGUCGGACUCGUCCAUAUAAGGGGAGUCUCAUGGGUCGUUGAACGGGCAUAUAUUUGCAGGACUGUACAAUGUUUUGUGGAUGCACAUUCUGGAGUACAUUGAUCCGAGUCAUGGUUAGCAUUGACUCGUCGAAGGUCACUAGGGCGUUGGUGUAGGCUCGACUGUUGGGGCGACCCUCGACCAUGUGUGUAUGGAUUUAUGGAGCACGAGAUAUAUGGGAAGACGCAAUGAUACCGCAAUAUGUGCUUUGAGAAUCGCAGAUAUCUC